UAGAACACGGAAGUAAGAUUAGAAACGAGUUUGUUUUGGCAAUAAUUUAGUGGAGUAAAAAUAAGACAUACUGACUGAACUGAAUAGACGACCCAACUCUCAUUCGACUGAAAUGUCUAAACUACAGUUGUUGCGUUUGUUUUUAAAUGAGCGCUUAACGGCGGCUGCUGUGGAGAUUUUCGGGGCAGUUGAGAAAACGGUAGAGGAGUACCAGGAGGAGAAUGAUCGGCUACGGAGACUGCUGCGGAAUCGAAUCACACCGGAGAUAAAACUAUGUAGAAUAGACUCCCUGCAGCUCUCUGUCUCUGAAGAGGAGGUUACCCCUGAGCAGCAGCACUGUGAGCAGGAGUGGAGCCCCAGCCUGGGGCAGGAGGACCCAGAGCCCACAYUGAUUAUAGACGAAGAGGAGGAACUCAGGACCAGUCAGGAGGAAGAACAGCUUCAAGGGCUGGAGCCUGAUAUAGAAUUCAUAUUCACUCCUUCCUGUGUGAAAAGUGAAUGUGAUCAGGAGGACCCACUUUGGUCCUUGACUCUUCCCCAAACCCAGACUGUGGAGAACAGAGAGAGUCACUCUAAACCAGUGGAUCUCAAAGCUUUUGGCACUGUGACCCACUUAAAGGGUCUCGACAUUCCCUGUGACCUUCCAUAUAAUCGUAACAAUGCCUCCAGCCACAGCUCAGCCGUAAGCAGCGACCCAGUAGGGCUUGACAUCAGACCACCAUUUGAUCCCAACGCACCAAUGGGGGAACCCUGCAUCUGCCCCUUUUGUGGCAAGACCUUCAAACAAAAGGGAAAUCUGUCCAUGCACAUGAAGAUUCACACAGGGGAGAAACCUUUCAGCUGCGGUGACUGUGGGAAACGCUUCAAUCGCAAGGAGCACUUAACCAGACAUAUACGCAUUCACAGAGGAGAGAAACCAUUCAGCUGUCAUUUUUGCUGUAAAAGCUUCAAUCAGAAAGGGGACCUAAGGAGACACAUACUGACUCACACRGGAGAGAAACCAUUUAGCUGUGGUGACUGCGGUAAAGGCUUCAUUCGCAAGGAACACCUAAUUGCACAUAUACGGACUCACACAGGAGAAGUGUCGGUGUCAAGCAGAGCCUAACCAUGCAUAAACUGGCAAAUAGAUCUCUGAUGGAUUUACUGUCGUAAAACAUUGUAUGUAAAURAAGUUUGAUUUGAAUGAUGAGGUAAUGAUCAAACUAGGGGUGCACCGAUAUGAGAUUUUUGGCCGAUACCGAUAACCGAUAUUACAUUUUUUUGCGGACUUUUAAGCAUUCUAGUACAGUUAAAGAGU